AUGGAUAGGCUUAUAAGUUUGGAGCCUACAAAUCUUGUCACGAUCAGGAUUGAACCAGGGCAGAAAUGUUAUGGAGUGCUCACACUGCGGAACGUUAUGUACACCAUGCCUGUGGCAUUCAGAAUUCAACCGAUGAACAAGGCUCGUUACACUGUAAAGCCACAAUUAGGAAUCAUAUCACCGCUUUCAACACUAACUGUAGAAAUUGUGUAUCAGCUCCCAGUCGGGUCGAAUCUUCCUGAUUUCUUCCCUCACUGCGAUGAUUCCUUUCUUUUGCAUAGCGUUGUGGUUCCGGGUGCAGCAAUCAAAGAUGCAAAAUCGAGCUUUGAUGAAGUUUCAAGUGACUGGUUCACCACCAGGAAAAAACAAGUCUUCAUCGAUAGUGGCAUCAAGAUCAUGUUUGUUGGCUCACCUGUUUUGGUUCAACUCGUUGUUGGUGGAUCAAUGGACGAGAUAAGAGAAGUUCUUGAAUGGAGUGACCCAGCUUGGAAUCCGGUUGGUUCAGUGGAUUCAAAUGGACAGAGUUUGCUUCAUAUUGCUAUAGCUCAAAGCCGGCCGGAUAUUGUUCAACUCCUCCUGGAGUUUCAGCCGGAUGUUGAGUCACAAAGCCGGUUUGAUAGUAGCCCACUUGAGGCCGCGGCAGCUGCCGGUGAAUCACUGAUCGUUGAGCUUCUGUUAGCGCGAAAAGCCAACACAGAGAGAUCAGAGGCUUCCACUUGGGGGCCUAUACACUUGGCACUGGGAGGCGGCCAUUUAGAAGUACUGAAACUUCUGUUACUCAAAGGUGCCAAUGUUAACGCCCUUACAAAGGACGGCAACACAGCUUUGCAUCUUGCAGUUGAAAAAAGAAGAAAAGAUUGCGCAAGGCUGUUGUUAGCAAAUGGCGCAGAGCCCGAUAUUCGCAACGCCAGAGAUGGGGACACGCCCGUGCAUGUCGCCGCAGGCUUGGGAGAUGAACAGAUGGUAAAGCUACUACUGCAAAAAGGCGCCAACAAAGACAUUCGAAACAAGAGUGGCAAAACUGCGUACGACGUCGCUGCUGAGUACGGGCAUACUCGUCUCUUCGAUGCGCUAAAGCUCGGUGACAGCCUCUGUGUCGCUGCAAGAAAGGGCGAAAUGAGAACAAUUCAAAGACUGAUAGAAAAUGGCGCUGUGAUAAACGGGAAAGAUCAACAUGGAUGGACUGCAUUACAUAGAGCUUCAUUUAAAGGAAAGAUCGAAGUCGUAAGGAUGCUGAUCGAUAAGGGAAUCGACAUUGAUGCCAAAGAUGAGGAUGGUUACACAGCUUUGCAUUGCGCAGUGGAAUCAGGAAACACAGAUGUUUCAGAAUUGUUAGUGAAAAAGGGAGCCGAUAUUGAGGCAAGAACUAGCAAAGGCGUUACGCCAUUACAGAUUGCUGAAUCUUUCCACUAUGCAGGCAUUACAAGAAUACUAAUUCAUGGAGGAGCGACAAAAGAUGGGAAUCAAAAUAUGAAAAAUAUGGCUCCAGUUGCAAGCCCAUAUGGAUCAAAUGGAAAGAUGGGAAGAGAAGUAACAGAGAGUAUGAAAAGGAAGAAACAACAGCCGAGGCCAAGAGUUAUGCGUAGCAGUUUUGAUUGAUCCAUGCCACUGACAGUUCUUUAGUUCACUGUAUAGCUAAUUAACAUGGCUGCUGCCGCUGAGAGUUUUCUCUUUUUUUUCUUCUUCAUAGAGUUAAAAUUAAAGAGAAGUUGUAGAUCAUUCACACAUGUUCAUUCUACAAUCUAGCUGGUAUAAAAAUACAUACA